AUGUCUUUUAUAAAAAAAAUCAAAUCUCAAUAUGAAAUGUGGAAAAUCAACAAGUACACCAGACGUCGACCUACCGUGGCAUCAAACUUUGCUCAAAAAGACACAGAAUUUUAUCGGCAACAUUAUGUAGAUGGCGUGUAUUUGAGUACGGGGCCUACUGUUGAAGUUAUUAAUGAUAAUAAAGCGAAUGAUGGAAGCUUUUGA